UAUCGAAAGGGGUUUCGGGAUUAUCUCUUUGCUCUAAAAACAAAGUGAGAGAUCAAAACCCUUUGCUACUAAAUACAUCUAGCUUGCAUCUGCCAUUCUGUAAAUGCUCAUUGCCACGGUACCGGUAGCUACUGCUAACAAAGCAAUUACGGAUCUGACAAAUCGGUGCGACCAGGAUGGAGUGGCAGCCGGAUGAACAGGGUUUGCAGCAGGUGCUUCAGCUGCUGAAGGACUCCCAGUCUCCAGACACAGCCACACAGAGAGCUGUGCAGGAAAAACUGGAACAGCUCAACCAGUUCCCAGACUUCAACAACUAUCUCAUCUUCGUCCUUACAAGCCUCAAAUCAGAGGAUGAGCCGACCCGUUCUCUAAGUGGUCUCAUAUUGAAGAACAAUGUGAAGGCCCACUACCAGAACUUUCCUCCUCUGGUAGCUGACUUCAUCAAGAGGGAAUGUCUCAACAACAUCGGAGAUCCCUCGCCCCUCAUCAGAGCAACCAUCGGCAUCUUGAUAACAACCAUAGCAUCUAAAGGAGAGCUGCAGACAUGGCCUGAACUCCUCCCUCAACUCUGUAACCUGCUCAACUCUGAAGACUACAAUACCUGCGAGGGUUCUUUCGGAGCUCUGCAGAAGAUCUGUGAGGAUUCUUCAGAGCUGUUGGACAGUGAUGCUCUCAACAGACCCCUGAACAUCAUGAUCCCCAAGUUCCUACAGUUUUUUAAACACUGCAGCCCAAAGAUCAGGUCUCAUGCCAUAGCGUGUGUGAAUCAGUUCAUCAGCAGUAGAGCCCAGGCUCUGAUGGAUCACAUCGACACCUUCAUCGAGAGUCUGUUUGCUCUAGCGGGGGAUGAGGACUGUGAGGUGAGGAAGAACGUGUGUAGAGCUCUGGUCAUGCUGCUGGAGGUCCGGAUAGACCGACUCAUACCACACAUGCACAGCAUCAUACAGUACAUGCUCCAGCGUACCCAGGACCCAGAUGAGAAUGUUAGUCUGGAGGCCUGUGAGUUCUGGCUCACCCUGGCUGAACAGCCCGUCUGCAAGGAGGCCCUGUCUGGGCACCUGGUCCAACUCAUCCCCAUCCUGGUGAAUGGGAUGAAGUACUCUGAGAUAGACAUCAUCCUCCUAAAGGGAGAUGUAGAGGAGGAGGAUGACACCGUACCAGACAGUGAGCAGGACAUCAAGCCUCGCUUCCACAAGUCACGCACCGUCACCCUGCAACACGAGGGAGGAGAGGGGGAGGAGGGGGAGGAUCACGACGAUGACGAUGACGACGAUGACACGCUCUCCGACUGGAACCUGCGGAAGUGUUCGGCGGCAGCGUUAGACGUGUUAGCUAACGUGUUUCGUGAUGAGCUCCUCCCCCACCUGCUGCCCCUGCUGAAGGGCCUGUUGUUCCACCCAGACUGGGUCGUCAAGGAGUCGGGAAUACUGGUGCUGGGGGCUAUCGCUGAGGGUUGUAUGCAGGGCAUGGUUCCCUACCUACCAGAGUUGAUGCCUCACCUCAUCCAGUGUCUCUGUGAUAAGAAGGCCCUGGUGCGUUCCAUCGCCUGCUGGACUCUGUCCCGCUACGCCCACUGGGUGGUCAGCCAGCCCCCUGACUCCCACCUCAAACCCCUCAUGACUGAACUCCUCAAGAGGAUCCUGGACGGGAACAAGAGGGUUCAGGAGGCCGCCUGCAGUGCGUUUGCUACCUUAGAGGAGGAGGCCUGUACAGAGCUGGUUCCCUAUCUGAGCUUCAUUCUGGAUACUCUGGUCUUCGCCUUUGGAAAAUACCAACACAAGAACCUGCUCAUACUGUACGACGCUAUAGGAACGCUGGCCGACUCUGUAGGACACCACCUCAACCAACCGGAGUACAUAGAGAAGCUGAUGCCUCCUCUCAUAGCCAAGUGGAAUGAGCUGAAGGAUGAAGAUAAGGACCUGUUUCCUCUGUUAGAGUGUCUGUCCUCUGUCGCUACAGCCCUCCAGAGUGGCUUCCUGCCCUACUGUGAGCCAGUCUACCAGCGCUGUGUUACACUGGUGCAGAAAACACUGGCUCAGGCUAUGAUGUACAGCCAACAGCCGGACCAGUACGAGGCUCCUGAUAAGGACUUUAUGAUCGUGGCCCUGGACCUCCUCAGUGGUCUGGCUGAGGGCCUGGGGGUCCACGUUGAUCAGCUGGUGGCCCGGAGCAACAUCAUGACACUACUGUUUCAGUGCAUGCAGGACACCAUGCCAGAGGUGAGGCAGAGCUCCUUCGCCCUGCUGGGUGAUCUGACCAAGGCCUGCUUCCCUCAUGUUAAACCCUGCAUCGCUGAGUUCAUGCCUAUCCUAGGGACCAACCUGAACCCAGAGUUCAUCUCUGUGUGUAACAACGCUACCUGGGCCAUUGGAGAGAUAUGCAUGCAGAUGGGUGUAGAGAUGCAGCCCUAUGUGUCUCUGGUCCUGAACCAGCUGGUAGAGAUCAUCAACAGACCCAACACACCCAAGACCCUGCUGGAGAACACCGCCAUUACGAUUGGUCGCCUGGGCUACGUGUGUCCUCAGGAGGUGGCUCCGAUGCUCCAGCAGUUCAUCAGACCGUGGUGUACGUCCUUACGGAACAUCCGUGACAACGAGGAGAAAGACUCCGCCUUCAGAGGGAUCUGCAUGAUGAUUGGUGUAAACCCUGGGGGAGUGGUCCAGGACUUUAUCUUCUUCUGUGAUGCCGUGGCGUCCUGGGUCAGCCCUAAGGAGGACCUGAGAGACAUGUUCUACAAGAUCCUCCAUGGUUUUAAGGACCAGGUAGGAGAGGAGAACUGGCAGCAGUUCUCAGAACAGUUUCCCCCCCAGCUGAAGGAGAGACUGUCUGCCUGCUACGGCGUGUAGAACCCCACCCCUAACCUAACGGCAGGUGAGCCAGUAGUAGAGGAGGAAGGUGAAAAGGAAUCUCAUCCAUCUGUGUUAAUGCCCUGAACUGAUCUGGGGGGAGGGGGAGAGGGACCCAUCACGCCAUUGGCCGCUCCCCCUGACGGACGGCCCCCACGCCCUAUGUAU